CAGUCAGUCUUCUGUUCUCAUUUCUUAUACAUCUAGCAACAUGAAGACCACUGUGUUAAUAGUCGUUGUAUGCAUCUCAGCAGCCUUCGCUGGAGAGAAAAAACACGAAAAACGUGGAAUCUUGAGCGGAGGUUUGGGAGGUGCUGACUUGCACAGUCACGGCCAUUACAAUCACGGACCUGAAUAUGGUAGUGGACUUCUUUCUGGAGAAGUUGCAGGCCCAAUUCAUGGUUCGUUCGAUUCCGGUAGCAUUGUAGGACCUGGUUUUGGUAACGCUCCAUUGUCAGCUGGACCAGGUGUUAUUGAUGAACACAGUCAUCAAGCUGGACCUCUUUUAACCGGAGGACUUGGAAACUUGGGUGGUGCCGGUAUUGGUGCUAGUGGACCAGGUUUUUCUGGACCUAGUUUCUCUGGACCUGCUUUCGACGGACCCGCUGGUGGCAUCAUCGAUGAACACAGUAACCAAGCUGGCCCUCUUUUGACAGGAGGAUUAUCUGGACUUGGAAGCUUCGGUGGUCCCGCUCUCGGUGCUGGUCAAGGCUUUGGAGGUCAAGGCUUUGGAGCUGGUGCCGCUUUGGGUGCCGGUCCCGCUCUGGGUGCUGGAACCAUCUUGGACCGCAGAGUAAUUGGUCACGUACAUCUUGGUCAAGCUGUUCAACGUCACAUUGAUGUUGUAGAAAAGAUUGGAAUCAAAGUAGCUCAACCUUACCCUGUCCAAGUAGAACGUAGAGUCCCAGUCCCACAUCCUCAUCCAGUAGAUGUCCCUGUUGACCGUCCUUACCCAGUCCAUGUAAAAGUACCUGUCCCAUAUGAAGUAAUCAAGCAUGUCCCAGUCCCAGAAUACGUCAACAAACCUUACCCAGUAUGGCACAAGGUGCAAGUUAAUGUCCCAGUUCCAGUUAAAAUCAUCCACGAAAACAGAGUACCUGUAAAAAUUUUCAAAGAUAUACCAGUACCAGUACCACACCCAGUUAUUGUAAAGAGGCCAGUACCAGUAGCCAUCCACGCCCAUUUGGUACCAUUGCACGCUGAUGUGCAUGGUCACGAUCCUCAUGGUCAUUUCCAUGAUCACCAUCAUGACCAUUUGGAGCACCACCAUCACCACAACAUCCUAGACCAUCAUCAUUAAACUUAGUCAAAAUUUGAUUUAUCAUAUGUUAUUUUGUUUUGUUAACUAGUCCUUAUUUUAAGUUUUUUAUUUGCAAUAUAUACAAUAUAUAAAAAA